UUAACGCUGGUCAGCUGUCUGUCUGUGGAGAGCAGCAUCAACCAGCAGCAGCUGCAUCCCUGACUGAUGAUGGAGGCGGAAACACGGAUGGAGCUGCAGUAGAAGAUCCGAGGAGGAUGCUGCGGCUGUAGUGAGACGAGCCGUGUUUAGCCCGUGUCAGCUGCACCUGCCGUGGAUGAUUUUCCCGAUGGGUUGUGGAGGGAGUCGGGCGGACGCGAUCAUCGAGCCGAGGUAUCAUGAGAGCUGGACCAGAGAAACGGAAUCGACGUGGCUUACCAAUACGGACGUAGAGACAUCUCUACCAGUACCAAACAGUAAAGCUCUGGAGGCCAGUCUGAGGGAGAAGAGGAUGGUGAACACAGGCACCCAGUGUGGGAAGCAGGCCCUCACAUCCACUGGCUCCAACCACCAGAGGAGACCCAGACGCUCCUUGACUGAUCAAACCACUCGUGAGUCUAAAAGGAGGGCAUCAAAAGAGGCCAGCGCGUUGUCUAAGGAUGGACAGCCUGUCAGUCUCAACAGCAGUGGAGACGCUGAACCUGGGAACGCGUGUGAUGAAAGAUGAAGAAAAGACUCUGUGGGGAGGAAGAUGGCCGGAGCUUAGAAGAGUCCACCAGAAGAUGGGAGGGUGUUUUACAGAAGUGUGUGGAUGAUGUUUGCCAGUGACUUUGCGAGAUCUUGGCUGUCGAUCUCAGUGAUUUACAACUUGAGCACCUGCAUAAUGUCUCCAUCCAAAGAUCUCGGGAUGCUGCAUCUUUGUUGUGCCAUUGCAAAUGCAUGAAGUGAAGCAAAGAGUGGAUCACAAACAGUGUUCAUGCUCUCCACCAUGCUUUAUUCCCAUGCUUGUGGUGCCGGUCAGGGAAUGAGUCACUGUGUUAAGCCAAUUUUAACAGACCGUCCCGUAUGCACAUGAUAAUCACAAUCUGCACAUCAAAUGUUUUCUGUGUGGGGCCUUCCUUACAAGAAUUUGCUUCAGUUCUGUGUGCAAGUAUAUUCCUUUUGUUUUGAAUGAAAUACAAUGAUGAGACUGUUUAACCUCAGUCAAUGCUGUAAAUGAUUUUCAUUUAAAAGACCCUGAAGUGCUGUUCUGAAACUCGGAUUUGGAGGUUUGACGCUUAAAGGCUAAAGACUUUCUUUUCCAGCCUUCGCAAGAUAAAGAAACAAACACACCCGCAUGUGCCUACAAUUCAUCAUGAGAUGAACUGCUCCUUUUCACUUUGACAGUUUGUUUUGUUCAGUAUUAUGUGUUAUCUUACAUCUUCUUUAUGUUAUAUGAUGUUAUUAUUUACCGUUAGUAUGUGUUGUAAUGAUGGGUCAUUUGGGUGGCUUACAUGAUCUGCAUGUUUAAUUCAAUCUCAAAUUGAUUCAGCAUUUGUGGCAAAAUAUCUAUGCCAUAACAUGAUCAAAAGCAAGCUGUCUGAAAUGAAACUUUCUGCUUUUUGGUACAUGUAAAAAUAGAAAACUGCACUAAGAAGUACAUUCAGGAGGUGAUUCAGGAUGGAUCCUCAGUUGUGGCCAGCAGAUGGCGCUGUUGACCAGCUGUGGUCUCUGAUGAAUCCCAUAUCGAACAUUUUCUGCUUGUGAUAACUAUGGCUUGUCAAGGGUUUUCGAUGAUUCGCUGAGAUGUUGAAAUCUGUACAGGCCAACU